AUGCGUCCCCUGCAACCACUGCUUGUCGCUCUAUUGAGCAGCCUCGCUGUCUCUGAGGAUAUCGACUCCAUCGACUCACCUGCUGUGCCAGUCACCAAGCCCUACACCCUCAACCUCUCCUGCGCACAGUGUGCCUUUACAUACGGCGACUGCAUCAACAGCGUCCAGCUGCCUUCAUUCCUGUCCAUCACAUUCCACACGCAAAAUGACACCCUCCUCGCCAACGACAACAUCAUCUUCCCCACCCCAUUCCCCAUGGAAUUCAACGCCAAACGCACCACCGACAGCAACAUCGAAGACACCGUGCCCGUAGCAUACGCCCUCGACGUCCAGCCCCUCCCCCACCAGCCCGACGCCGAACUCAACGACCUCUACCGCCUCGUACUCAACCUCUUCGACCUGCAAGGCCGCACCGCAACAGAGAGCCCCGUCUCGCUAGGCCUGGUGCGCGAUGCCGACGGGAAUCUCAAAAUCAUCUCCGUCGAGCAGGGCCGUCCGCACCGGCGGUUCCAUCACCACCACCACCAGAACGAGAACGGCGGGAACUGGUGGAGCCUGAAGUCGUGGAAGUCGGCGUACGCCAGGUAUCUGCACAGAAUGUCCAAGUCAAAACACUGCAGGGACGGCCCGGUGCGUGUCAACAACGGUGUCGAAUUGGACUGUCAUCGCCGCCAGCGCGUCUCGGACUGGGCCGGUGAUAGGCACUAUAUGAGACAUCUGCGACCGGUUCUUGUCCCGGCUCUGAUGGGCAUGGUUGCUGGGAUUAUUGCGUGCAUUGCGGGCUUCCUUGUGGGCAAGGUCAUGGUUGCGACGUACUACUGUUUCCGCGAACGGAGGGCUGCAGGCGCUGGACGUCGACAGCAGAUCUGGAUUGAGGCGGAUGAGGCUGUGCCUGAUGAGAAGGAGAGGCUGAUGGAGGUUUAUGGGGUGGAUGAGCAGGACGAUUGA